AGAACGACAAGAAGGGGGAGAGACGAAGCUGAAGAACCAGAAGCCUAGACCUGCUGUCCAAAAGCCACAAAUAGCUCCGACGUUAGCCUUCCCCAGAUCAAUUGUCCCCGCCGCUGCCUAGCACUAGUUGAAGAAGAGGAUGAAUAUGAAGAUUAUUUAAGAUAUGUCGACUCCCAAUAUCUUUGACAUGUACCAGGCCGAAGAGGAAGAGGAAGUCCCUCAACUUCAACGGAGGUCAAAGAAACGAACUGGUGAAACCAGUCGAGGCCCUUCAGCCAAGAAGAGUCGACCAGAAGACCUUCCUCAGGGCACUCCAACCGGGCAAAGUCCUGCGCCAACUGGGCGAACUCCUACCCCUCCUCCAGCUCCUUCUGAACAGCAAAACACCCCUGCUCGGUCCAAUCCUCCACCUGCGCCUGCUAGGGAGCAUCUUUCUCGCGAAGAGGCUCAUGAGGCCAGGCUCGUGAGCCAUACCAUUCGAUCCGCUAAGGAUCGAAUUGAACGGAUUGGCAGAGGUGAGCGUGUUGGGGCCGCCAUGAUCCAAGCUGUAGAGCUACCAGUCGAUCAGAUCCUGAACAGGACUCUGAACGAGAUCUCCAGCGCCUUACUUUCUGCCAUUACUGCUCGUACCCGAGCCCAGGCCUACUUUGAGCAGAUUGAGGCUAAAGUUCUCGAGAAACAUCAGGUGAAGGCGGCUGAGGAGCUUUCGGCUGUUGAAGCCAAACAUGCUAAGGAGUUGGGGACGGUGGUCCGAGAGCGGGAUGCAGCGGUGACCAAACUGUCCGCGGCUGAAGCUGCUAAAGAUGCAGCGGUUAAGCUGAGGGAAGAGUACCGGUCGUACAAUAAAACUCAUCUCCGCGAGAUCAAGCAUCUGGAGGGGGUAGUCAAGUCUAAGGACGAGACUAUUGCCACUCUCGAGGGCAAGGUGCAGCAGUCGGAGCUUGACAACUCCAAGAAUCUGGAAAAGUACAAGAGGGAGACACUCCGAUGUUUCUAUAACUUUUGGAAACACAAUCAGGGUGCUGACUUUAGCUACCUUUCAGAGGAGGUCAGAGUUGCGAAGUUGGCUCGGUGCGCUGCUUAACUGGCUGAAGAGGAGGCGAGAGUUGCGACUCCUGCAACCCCAAGCGUCGUUGGUUUGGACGAAGAAACCAUCGAGGAAGAGACUGACCAGGUUGUUGCCCAGGAUCCUCCUGCCCCCCAUGCCUCUUAAUUUAUUUAGCUGUUCUUCUUUCUUUUUAAACACGCGACCCACGGGUCGCAAUGUAAAGACAAUAAUUUCUUUUUAAACUUGGCUGCACGGGCAGUAAAUCUUUUUGUUUGAACAAUUACAUCCAAGCAGCAAUGCUUGCGGUGUAAAAGCU